AUGGACAGGGUUGCGCGUUGGACGCUUUGCUCUUGCCAGGGCACAUCAGACUUCUUGGGCGGUGAAGCUUUAGACGGUCUGCUUGCGAAGAUUCCAAUGAAGGUGGUGAUAAAUUGUCUGGUUCGUAUGGCACACGCAUCCAGCACGAGUCUUUUUCGUCAGCGUCUGGAGACUGGUAUUGCAUCGCUUGCCAAGUCUGCACAGCGGAUCCAGGCUUUUACCCUACCCCAGACGACACGGGAUGCUGUGGCGAGAAAUAAAAGGAAACUGAAGCUUUUCUCAACAUUCCUAGACGAGGAGGAAGUGGAUCUGAUCUUGUCGAUGCUGAAUGCAGAUUGGGCAGAGCCUGCAGAUGAGGGCCUGGUUCAUGUAUGCACGGCAGAUUGCUGUGCAUCCGAUGCAGACUUCGAACGACGCAUGACUUCUGCUCUGCGGGCAGCCUUUGGGGGUGGCUUCGAGGUUCCGUUGCUGUAUCGUUGGAAAGGAUUCGAACCAGCAGCCGAGUUCGCAGCGCGAGGGGUGGGCAUCCACGGAUUGUUUCUGUCCUUGUGGCGGUUUUGCCGCACAGAUGCGGGAGACAUGACUUUGGAGGAUAUAAUUGACGAAGAUGCUCCUGACAGCAAUCCAGCAUUCAAGCAGCAGGUUGUGGAAAUGAACUUGAAUAUUUUGACAGGCGGAGCAGGAAAGACUGCUAUCGCCGAGUAUUGGCAGUUGCUUCGGUCCCCGGCAACAGCAAACAACUGGUUUGCAGACCUCGGAGUAAGCAAGAACGAUUCCCUCCCACUCUUACUGAUUGGGGUUUGUGAGGCAUGGAGGCGACUAGUGUUACCGUACACUUGCUUACCCUGGCAACUUUUGCUGGUGACCCGGAUGGAUGUAGACGGUGCCCUGGAUUUUGCAGUGUCUUUGCAGCGGCAGCACUGUGGCUGCCCACGUUGCUCCGAUCCCAUGUUCGCGGAGGUUUUGCUGGCCUGGGUCCUUGCUGAUGGAGUUUCUGCGACCGUGCGGCAGAAGCGCAUGCAACGAUUGAAGAUAAUCCUGGAAGACAUUGUCGUUGCCAUUCCGUCAACAUCUGUUCAAGUGGAGAGACAGCAUGCGAAUAUCCAGACAGAUAGUGCUGCGAACAAGAGAAUUCCUCAGCGUGCGGGUGGCGUGCAGGCAAACUCUUAUGUGACCACCGCGUUUCUGGCGCAUAAGAAGGUCCGUAGUUGCCUCGAGAGCGAGAAGUUUGGUGUGGCCAAAGCACGGAUACGCCGUACCAUGAAAUCUCGCUGUGCUGCUGCACCCUUUCUCGGGUUGACGCAGAAACGCAAGGCCAAGAUCACAGAUGAGGGCACGGUCAAGGGCAGAAAUGGAUUGCUCAAGGGGCUUUUGUCCGGGCCCCAUUCGAUUCGUUUGGCUGUGUCAGUUCGUGAAGGAAGAGUUCGCAAGGAUGCGAAAACGAAAACGAGGCACGUGAGCGCCUACAACGUGUUUCAGCAGGAGUGCCGGUCUCGUUGCAACCAUGUCAAAGUUGGCAGCCUAGAGCACCGGCAGCUCACCCAGAUGCUGUCGCAGGAGUGGGCAAACAUUUCGCCACAAAGGAAGCAGGAGUAUCAACUGAAAGCAAACAAAAUCCAGGAGGAGAGAAACCGGCUCAGAACGCAAUCCCUGCAGCAUCAGAAUUCUACGGCCGAAGCCGCGGCGAUCGGCACUGGACUGCGGGAAUCUCAAAUCAAGAGAUUGAAUGGAGCCCGGCUGGAUGGCACGCUGCAACAAGUAUCUGCUCACAACUGCUGGCGGCAGGAAUUGGGCAUUUGGGAUCACAAUGCAGCAAUUCGCGGCUCCCUUGUGACGAUUCCAUCCGACCAGCGAGAUAUGGAUGCUAUGCGUGCCGAGUAUGACAAGCUUUUCGCUUAUGACCCGGAGGUUCUGGGGAAUCCGACAAGCACACCGAGCUUCAUGCGUCCCUGUGCUACCACCCAUGCUGGGACCUGUAUCAAGGAUCAGCACCAUGAAGAGUAUGUGGCUCUGGUGGCCCAGUUCGAUGCGGGACUCGGGAAUUUGGGCGGCAGCCCUCUGCUUGUCCAGUUGAAGGUGGAGGACACUGGGGAGGAACAUUGGCUCGCGAUGGCAGGUGUUCAGAUCUACAGUGAUCUCGUGAUCCGCGAUGAAAGCAUCGAGCUUCCUUCCACCCCGGUGGCGAACUUUCCUAUCGGCUUGGAGCGGGCAGGGCAUGCAGCAGUUGUGCACAGAUCCACUCCUUCUAAGUUACCGUUUGGUAUGUCAUCAUUGGUGGAACCCAAGAAAAGAGUGAGGAAACCGCAGGAGACUGAUGAUGAUCAGCAGUGUGGUUCGUCGGUGAAAAAAAAGAAGCUGCAGUCACAGGCGGAUCCCGAGGAAGCUUGGCCAACGGUGCUCAGCCCAGAAGCACAGGAAGAAUUGGAUCGGGCACUCGCCGCUGACUUAGCUGCUUUGGGAGAGGAUGAGGAGACGCUAGCGGAUGCACCUGUGUCGGAGCCUGCAAGCUCCUCCAAUGCACCGCCAGCACCUGCAUCGGCCGCUGCUUCUUCUUCAGAAGUACCUGCUAGUUCUCAGAGCACAUAUUUUCAGAAAGAGCUUGGCAUUUGCGACCUUGCAAUUGUGAAACGCAAGGGAGUGAAGUGUUUUCACUGUGAUGAUCAUAUUGAGAAAGGCGAGUACCGCUUUGGAGUGGCAUACAGCAGAAGCAAACCCCAUCGUUCGGUUCAUCUGCACUGUCUCGCGCAACUGCGCGAAGAGUAUGUUUCGAAUUCAAUUCGAUUCUUGGAGCAGCAUGUGAUCAAAGGCUCUUUGACAAGAGCAGAGCAAGGCAUUUGUCAAGAUGCUCUCCGUAGUUUGAGAGAUCUUGAACCAGCCGCGUAG